AUGAAACUGAGUUCCUUCUCAUAUAUUGCGGCGCUCCUGCUGCCAUCAUUAGUGGCUGCACAGUUAUCAGGUCCUGUAGGCCCAACGACAACGAGAGACUCAAAAAGAAACAAGGUGUGCAAUGUUCUAAACUAUGGGGGGAUUGCCAGCAAGACUUCAGAUAUUGGACCUGCGAUCCAAUCUGCCUAUGCAGCCUGCAAAUCUGGUGGCACCGUCUAUGUACCACCUGGUGACUAUGGAAUGAGCACUUGGGUCAGUAUGAGUGGAGGCACAGGGUGGGCUUUCCAGCUUGAUGGUGUUAUUUACAGAACAGGAACGGCUGGAGGCAAUAUGAUUGUUGUUGAUAAAGCUACCGACUUCGAAUUUUACAGCAGUACAUCGAAAGGGGCUAUCCAAGGCAACGGGUAUAUUUUCCACGCAGACAACAAAUAUGGUCCUCGCAUUAUCCGAUUUGUUCAGACGAAGAACUUUUCUAUACAUGAUGUGAUACUCGUAGAUGCUCCCGCUUUCCACUUUGUCAUGGAUACUUGCAGCAAUGGCGAAGUAUACAACAUGAUUAUCCGAGGUGGCAAUCGAGGUGGCCUGGAUGGAAUAGACAUCUGGGGGAGUAACAUCCACGUGCACGAUGUUGAAGUAUCAAACAAGGACGAAUGUGUCGACAUCAAAAGCCCCUCAAGCAAUAUGCUCAUCGAAAAUAUUAACUGCAACUGGAGCGGGGGUUGUGCGAUAGGUUCACUUGGAGAGAAUGCUGCCAUCUCCAACAUUAUCUACCGCAACAUCUACACUUGGCAAUCCAACCAGAUGUUUAUGCUCAAAUCCAAUGGUGGGAGUGGGUCAGUGACCAAUUGCCAAUUCCUCAACUUCAUUGGCCACAGUAACGCUUAUAGCCUCAAUCUGAAUGCGUACUGGUCCUCACAAACAGUGGCAGCUGGCUCUGGCGUUGCCUAUAAGAACCUCACAUUUUCCAAUUGGAAGGGGACCUGCGCCAACGGCGCCCAACGCGCUCCAAUUCAAGUCCUCUGUCCCAGCGCCGUUCCGUGCACGGAUAUCACAAUCAAAGACUUUGCAAUGUGGACAGAGACUGGGAGCACGGCGCUAUAUAAAUGCGAGAAUGCAUUUGGAAAUGGAGCAUGUCUGGGUACUGGAAAAGUGGGAGCGUAUGCAAGUACAAUAACGAUUAAGAGUCAACCGACCGGGUACUCGGCUCCACCGAUGCCAAAUCGUUUAAGCACACUGGCCAUUACAGCUAGCGUUCCCAUCCCAACGAUUCCAACUACGUUUUUCCCGGCCGCCAAACCAGCAAGCACCCUACUCGGACGUUGA